AUGUGUCCACUCAAGCUUGUGUUGCUUGAUUUUUCAUUGUGUGUUUCACCACGAGAGGAUGAAUGUCGGAAUGAUGAAGAUCACAUGACUUGUACAUUACCAUCAAAUGAUUCUUCUUUGAAAACAAACACCUCACAAGAUGAUGAAUUAUUGAGACAUAAAUUUACGUUACAGCAGAUUGGAAAGAAGAAAUAUUUAGAAAAUAGAGAAAAAAUAUAUACGGAAUUCUUUCCCGUCGAAUUUAUGAAUGACAAAUCUUUUGUUUUGGAUCAUCUCAAAAAGUAUCAAUGCGGUCUUGGAUUUGCUACAAAACAAGUCAAGCAAGACAAACAGGUUGAAUUGGUGGCGUUGGAAAUUAUCAAAACUCGACAGUUAAAACCAAAAUUGAACAAACUCACAACUAGUCACGAAUCUAAUGAUGAUGAAUUGUUUUCACCAAAAAAUAUCAGCUCUUUCACCGAUCUAAAGAAUGAAUUCAUGUUAAAGGCAAUUAAGAGAAACCCGUACCUUCUCGUGUCACUUGGACUGCAGCAAAACAAAGAUAUCAUAUUGGCAGUUCUUGAACAAACCAUUGACAUACUAGAUUGUACACCAAAAGAGUUUUUCGAAGACAAAGAUUUUAUGUUACGAGCGGUCACAAAAAACGGAUUGGCACUACACUACACAUCACCGGCAUUGUUGUAUGACAAAGAGAUUGUUUUAGCAGCUGUCAAACAAAAUGGCAAAGCACUUUUCGCUGCAUCACACUUGCUGAGAGAUGAUAAGGAAGUUGUAAUGGAAGCAGUUCGGCAAACGGGUACUGCUUUACAGUAUGCAUCAUUCCGUUUGCAACACGACAGAGAGGUUAUCAUGGAGGCUGUAGAGCUGCAUGGUUAUGUGACAGAGUUUUCCCAAGAUUUGUAUAGGGCCAGAAUGGAGUUGUGUUAUUUUAAUUGUCAUCUUGGAGCGAAAUAG